UUGUCAGAUUUGAAGACUCGGAUGAAAUCCUCUCUUUCCUGCUAUUUUUACCGGGAAAUCGCCUUGCUAUGAGCUCUUCGUGCCCAAAUCAUGGAGGUACCAUCGAAAUCUGUACUUUUGAGGAAGACAAAUCUAUGUCUGAUAAAUUUGAGAUCGAUUCUAAAGAUCUCCCCCUAGAUCUACCAGGAACCAUUGCUUUGUCUCCAGGAGGGAAUAUUCUUCUCUCUGGGGAAAUUUAUGGAGAUCUUUUCGAAAUCUUCAUUGAUUGGGCUAAUUCAAAAGUUCUGAAAUCAAGAGAAAUUGUUUUUCCAAACGAAGGGACCGUGGUAAUCGAAGAAGAUGUGACAACAGAAGUACUUUCUUGCUCUCAGGAUUUCGGUGUUGUACAGUGCAACUUUCAUCAACCUCACUUCGAAUCCGACUCUUUCUACGAAUUGUUAGCUGCAAAAGUGAAUUUACACAUUGAAGGGGAGGCUCAGAUCCAGGGUCACGAGAAAAUCACAUAUUAUGUGCUUAAUGGAGAAGAAAAACGAAUCUCACCGCACGAUUGUCUUGGUGGACUUGUUCACGAUGGACAAAAUCUUAUCAUUGCAAAUGGAGAUGAAAUUGUGUUGUUGGAGUCAGCAACAGAAGGGAGCAAUGCACAUGUGAUUGCAUCAGGAGUUAAACCUUCACAAAUAAGGGUAAACCAUGAAGGCCAAUUGAUGGUCUGUGAGAAAAACACCAUCAAGUUGUUUGAAUACAAGAAUGAAGUCAAGUCACUGCAGAGAUUGUGCCGACAUAAUAUCAGAGAAACAAUUGGCACUAAUUGUGCUGAAAGAGUAAAAAAUUUAGAAAUUUCAUCUUUACUGAAAGAUUAUCUGUUGUACAAAAUUAAAUGAACCAUAAAUGUGUUUAAAAUACUGUAUCUACAUCUGUUUUCCCAAUAAACAGAUUAACAACCAUUUUCAAAAUAAAAAUUACUCUUAAUUAGUCUGUUUCAGGCUAUUAGUUUGUGGAGAUGUGCCUAAGAGUGGGAUAAGCAACAAACAACUGAUGUGGUCAUCACAGAAAUGAUCCCUGCUAUUUUUUGUACACACACUAUUUUACUUGUUUCCAGUAAUCAUAUGGCUGGCAGGGGUCACAUUACUCUCUUCACUUACCACAAAGGCACAGAAAUAAUUGUUUUAAAACUGAGAGAAAAUUAAAAAUGGUUAUCUUGGUGUGCCCUCUUGACCUGGUGUUGAGCACACAUAGCAAUAACCAUUAUGACAGUUUUAAUGAAGUGUUUUUGAGUUUGUUUUAUAAACAUGACUUUACCUCCUGUGUUAUUUUG